AUGUGGAAUGCAUCAAGGAUUCAGCAGAUUUUGCGGCUACUCCCGAUUCUGCUUCACCUGUCGCCAUUCUGUUCUGCCCAACAGACGCACAUUAAGCUGGAGCAGGGCGAUCUCAUUGGGCUCAAGGUCUUCCCGGAUGGGACACGUGGCGCUGUCUACGCCUUCUUGGGCAUUCCCUACGCCCAGGCUCCCCUCAACGAACUACGAUUUGCUCCCGCCAAGCCGAGCUCCAGUUUCAAUCGCACCCUCCAGGCCACCGCCAUGCAGCCCCUUUGCCCGCAGCUCGCGAACACCAUCUACGACGAGAGCUCCGAUGGCGGCAUGCCCAGAUCAGUGGGCACCGACGAGGACUGCCUGUACCUGAACAUUUGGACGCCGGAGUCGGGGAUGCGGUAUGGCAAGCUGCCCAUAGUGGUCAUUGUCACGGGUGAGGAGUUUGCCUACGACUGGCCCAGAAAUCGCAUCAAUGGCUUGGACCUGGCUGGAGAGGGCAUUGUGGUGGUCAGUGUCCAGUACCGAAAUAAUAUCUACGGAUGGCUGAGUCUGGGCGAGCAGCACCGUAAUGUCCCUGGCAAUUAUGGACUAAGUGAUGUUCAGAUGGCACUGCGGUGGAUUCAAAGGAAUGCAAAUGCCUUUGGCGGCAAUCCAGAUCACAUUACACUUCUGGGCCAUGGGAGUGGAGGAGCCCCCCUGGCACUGGUUGCUACACUGGAGAAUUACAGCUUGGUAAAACAACUGGUGCUCAUGUCGCCCGGUCCCAUUAUGCGUACCUUGGGUCAGAAUCACCAAAAGCGGAUAGUGGAUACUGGACAGGUGCUGGUGCAGAAAUUGGGCUGCCAAUUUGAGGAGGCCCAACGUCGCCAGUUGAUGGGCUGUCUUAGGCGCAAGAGUCGGGAGGACUUGCUCCGUGCCUACGAAAGCGUGUAUAACCAUGGCAACGGAAGCUCCCAGCUGGGAGUGAUUCUACCCGAAGGAUUGCCACUCGAACAACGCCUUCGUAACAAAACAUUGCCCCCCGUACUACUGGGCAUCACCUCCAACGAAGGCGCAUUCCUGCAGGACUACUGGCUGGAUGUGGCCAGGGAGGGUCAGGUGGCGCUUCAUAAGUACAUCAAUCACACGUUGUUGCCAAGUGUGAUGCGUGCACAGGAGUCGGUGGGUGAGGAGAGUGCUUCCCAACUGGCGGCCAUUAGAUGGAGGUACUUCAAUGGCAAGGGAGAGGGAGUCAGCCACUUGCUGACGGGAAUGCAACGGUUACUCUCGGAAUCGCUCUAUGAGUUACCCUUCUCGCGCAUCUUGGGGCUUUUAAAUGGAACCACCAGCUAUGCCUAUGUAUUCGACCAGUCCCACUCGAUGGACAUGCGAGGCAGAAGGAAUCUUUUCGGCGGAGCCUCCCACAGCUCAGAUCUGCCACUUCUGCUAGGUCCGAGUCUGUUCCAGCAGAUAGCUCGACGAAGAUUUAGUGGCGAGGAGGAGCAGCUUUGUCGGAAAAUAAGAGGAGCCUUUGCGAACUUCAUUAAGAAUGGCAACCCCACUCCGGGGCGGAUAUACGACGGAUGGCUACCCUAUAACAAGGAGAACCCAUUCGUUUACAGCUUGGGAGAACAAGCUAAGACCCCGCCGACUGGAUCAGUGGAUGAAGCUGAGGUGGAUAAGCUACUUAAAGGGGAGACAGAAGCGCCAGGACUAGAUAGAAGCUUAUCGCGUAGCAACCGCCACGAUACCUAUAGAGCAGCGACCUCCAAUUCCUACACGGCCAGCAAUCAACUGGAUUCGGGUUACUCCAAUCACUUGCAAAAGGUUUACGGCUUCUGGCAGGUGCUAAUGCCACUGGAAAGAGAGGAAGACUUGAGGGGAGGAGGAGCUCUGGGCCAGCGGGUACGACUCUUGGAAGCGAGUGCCGAUGCAGCACGCUACCGCCAGGGCUUCUACGCAAUGUUGGGACUAGUGUGCCUACUCCUUGCCUGCCUGUGUCUGUGCGUUUAUCUUCUCAAAAGAGACCCGAAUGCAAUGCGAAGACGGAGUGCAUCCUCGACUUCAGAUUGCUACAGCUUAUGACAUAAGUGGUUUCGUUGGACGACCAUCUUUGGGGGCCGAAAGGACGAGGUACCAUCGACCUCGGGCAUUGCUAAUGUCGAGUCCUGGCGCAAAGGUGGUCGUGCAACGAAACGGGAGCAGGAUGGAAGCGGAGCAGUUGAAUCUGGAGGUGGGGAAGGAAAUCUUGAGGGGGAGCGACGAGAGCAGGUCCUCAACAAACAGCGGACAAGACGUCCACGUCAGCUGCAGCCGUACGAUUUCAAGAUUACCCACCCUAUUGGAGGAGCAGGAGGUGGAGCAGGAGCAGGAGCUGGAGCAGGAUUCGGAACAGGAGGUGUCAGAAGUGGAGGAGGAACAAGAGUUGGAACGGGUUCGGGAUUUGGAGGUACACUUGGAACUGUUGAGGAACUCCUGGACCCUGUCGCCGGCAAAUUCGAGCCGAGUGUGGCUGUUAGGAACUGGCAGUACCAGUUGACUUGUGAUAAGUUCUGAAAGCAACCAAAUAUUUUCAUUGUAGUUUUGUAUAUGUACUUUUAACUUAAAUGUUUACACUUCUCCGUGAUUAAAGAAACCAACAUUUUACACGUUUAA